AUGGCAGGUACUUCGAUGCAGACCAUAAGACGAGAAGAUGAUGAGGAUUACAUGAGUCUCUUGCCAGAAUGCCUAAUCCAUCACAUCUUCUCCUUUCUGACCAUGAGGGAUGUCGUCAAAACUCGUGUUUUAUUGAAAAGGUGGCGGUCUGUUUGGACAACCGUCUCGGACAUCAAGCUCUCCGUCUUCUGUUAUGCUGACUAUAGGUUUGUGGACGAGGUUUUGACCCUCUACGCACGGCGCAAGGUGAAAAAGUUCCACCUUGACGUCAGAUUAUUUCGGGUCUGUGAACAUAUUAUUUAUUCAUGGCUUCACUUUGCCGUUGAUCAUCAAGUUGAACAGCUUUUUCUCAACGUGGAUACUUGGUUUAAGUGUUGGUCAUUGCCUCUACCUCCAUUCCUUUAUGAUUGCUCUUCGUUGACGGAACUGCAAUUGAGAACCUGCCAUUUUUCAUCUCACGAAAGUAUAAGUUGGAGUUUGCUUAAGUCCUUGUCCAUUGGCACGGUGAGCGGUGAUGUGCUCCGGAACAUUUUGAUGGGCAGGCCUGCUCUUGAAUACUUGAAUUUGAUAGGACUCCAGGGUGUAAAACAAAUUCAUUCGAGGAGUUUGAGAGAGUUGGUAAUUGAUGUUUCUCUGGUGGAUUGCCCAUUGGAGAUUUCGACUCCUUGUUUGCUGUCAUUGCGUGUGAGUGGGGCUCGUUUUCAUGAGAUAAUAGAAACUUUUGAAGCACCGUCUUUAGUUGAAGCCGAGUUGGAUAUUGAUGGUCCAGCCAAAUUAGAUUGCUGCCUGCUAAAGGAAUUGCCUCACAAGCUGCAGAAUGCUAUUCGAAUUCUUAUCGGUGCUUGGUGCCUUCAAGACAGCUUUUUGCUUCCAGGUUUCUUAUAA